CGAAUACCAGUUUAUGCGGCGUCAAUCUUCAAGAAAAAUGAGCAUUUGUGAGCCUGUAAUAAACAAGUCAGAAGUUCAAGGGGGGACCAAAAUGAAUGCUAUCAACGUGGCUCUACUUAGUGUAGCUUUUGGCAUCAAUUUCUUCGGAACGAAUGCCUUUAUGAAUUUUGCGGUGCCCAUUCUCGGGAACAUAGGUUCCAUCGGUAUGGCGAUCGUUAACAUCGUCAACGCGUUUUCCAAUUUCCUUGUUCCCAGCGUAAUUAAGAUGUUUGGAAGUGCAGAACGAACGAUUUUUUGGUGCGGUUUUUCCUACAUAAUAUACAUAUCCCAAUUCUCUUAUAUUCUGCCUGUUGUACCCUAUCUUAUCUGUGCGUGCCAUGGCUUUUUAUCUGCCAUGGUUUGGGCCUCGCAAGGCAUCAUUUUAGGAAACAACUCGAACGACUCUGACCGAGGCAAGAAGUCUGGUAUUUUUAUGUCUAUUUACAUGUUCGGCAGCGUAUUCCCUCCUUAUUUGUUUUCUCUCACACCCAGGCGUUGGGUAGCAUUACCUCCGGCGUUCUCGUCGAUCUGUUGGGCAUUUCCUCGGACAUCCACAACGGUUGGAACGGCAGCACGUCCAUCCUCUUCAUCUUCCUUGGCUGCAUGGCGGGUUUCUCCGUGA